GAUAGACAUCCCAACACUUCCUCCCUCUCCAUUACUCACAUCCAACAUCAGAUCAUAUAUCUCCGACCCGAUAUCCACAAACGCUUCCGACAGUAACCAUUUACCUCCAAAACAUCCAACAGCCCGAGACAAAAUGCCCAUCCCCUCCCCCACCCAACUAACCACCUUCUCCUCCCUCCCUCUUUCUGGCGACUCCUCCUCCUCCUCCUCCUCCUCCUCCUCCUCCUCCCCAUCAGAGGCAGUCCCCGACCACCAGACAAAUCAAGACACCUAUCUCUUCGCAACCAUCAAAUCCAACCUCACCAUCACCAAACCCACUUUAAUCCUCACCGACUCCGCCUCGCACGACUUUGCUCUCGUCUUUGACCCCCCUUCCGCUGUCGUUUCCUCCGGGCCGUAUACCCCCGAUGCCGUGGCUGAUAAGUUCAAACAGCUCGGUCUGAAAAAGGGAAGUACGGUUAUCAUCAAGAAUGCGAGGAGGACCACCACCACCACCCAGAAAAAAGCAGCGGCGGGGAGGGAAGAAGAAGAAGAAGAAGGGCAGGGGUUUGUGGUUUUGAGGUCUUUGGGACGUCUACUUCAAGCAGGGGAGAAACCAGAGGGAGGGGCGGCAAGUGGGAAGGAAGGGGAAGCGGAACUGUUGGGCGUUGUUCCUUCUGCUCUGUUCCUGACUAGAGUGAUGAUGGAUAUCCUGAGACAACGAGAUGAGAGUUUGCCUGGGGAUAGAGAGGAGAAGAUGUGCGAUGGGAAAUUCGAUGGGUGUGUGACGCCAGGGGGGAAGGAAGAAGGGGGGUUGAAGAGGUGUCAGGGGUGUGUGGAGGUUUGGUAUUGUUCCAAGGAGUGUCAGACUAGGAGGUGGAUUGCGCAUAAAUCCGAGUGUAAGACUAUCAAGGCUUUGAGAGGGAUUUGGCCUAGGCCUGAGGGGGUGGAGUGAGUUCAUCGGGGGAAAUGAUGGUUGAUUGCUCGAGCUGGAGAAGAGUAUAAAGAAAUACGAAAGACGACCAACCCUACUUUCCAUCAUCCUCCUCCUUCAGCGGCUUGUCAUCGUCUGCCUUCUUCUCAGCUUGCUCAUUUCCCUCCCCCACCUCCUUUUCCUCCGGCUCAUCCAAAACCUCCCGGUACAUAAUAUCCGUCCUAACACUAUACUUG